ACAUCAUGGAGUCUCAGGGAAAACAAAGGUGAAAAACUUUAGUUCUCAACUUUACUUUAAACGUCUCAAUGGCAUGUCAGUGCAACUGUUGUUUUCAGUCGAGCCACAGGUCUUACGGGAAUUCAUAUAAGCGGAAUCUUAAAAUUUUAAAUUGGGUGGAUGAGUAUUGUACACAUGAUCAUGUAUACGAUGACAUGCCAGUUGUGGUACAUUGAAUUCCAGCGUGUGUGUCAGUGUUCCCUCUGCCCAGUCCCUCUCCCCGUUUAACCUCCUACAGUGUGUCCUGCUGGCGUCCCUGUUCUUCAUGCCAGGCAUGGCCAGGAACAUGCUGCUGUGUAACUUUAGCGCCCUCCAGUUUAAAGACAAAGCCUUUCUCAACGUAACCACAGAGUGUCUCCCGCACCAGAGCUGUUCCACCAGCAGGGGGCUCCGUGGAUCAGAGCACAUGGUGUCUGCCCAGGGCUGCGUCGCCUCGACGCGCUGCGGAACCUUCCAGCUCGUCUCGUACCGCGGGGUGACCUACAAUGCCAGCUACACCUGCUGCUGUAGGGAGCGCUGCAACCAGCCCCCCAGCCCAGACACCCAACUGAGAAGGCUUCUGGGGUUGACCAGGGAGCCCACACCCAGCCCCCUGGACGCCUGUCCCACACCAGCUACCUUGUAGAGCCACACAGGGUGUGUUUGCUGGGCAAGACGAGAGGAAAAACGAAGCGUCAGUCUACAAUACUUGAAACUGUCAGACUGGGCCACAGUUCAACCAAGUGUAUUCACAUGUUACUUAGUUAUAAUAUGUGUACACAAACAAAUUAGUAGAUUCUACUGGGAUUUAGGAGUGUUUACUUGUAUGUGAUUUAUCACUAGAGAGGGACAGUGGGUUAGCCACUC